AUGAAUUACAAGUUUGCUGUUAUAGCUCUCUGUAUCUCUCUGUCAAUUGCAGGUAAAGCUGACUUUCCAUAUGGUCUUCAAUUAGAAUGGAACAUCGAAGGUGAUUCUAUAACUUUUAACUUCAUUGUCCCUAACAUACAAAUAGGUCCUUUCGGCUGGGCAGGAAUUGGUUUUAAAACACUCGAAGCAGGACGAACCAUGGCAAAUGGUGACUUUGUAGCUGCUAUAUUUGAUUCAGGGAAAAUCGAAGAUAGGUUUGGAAACCCAAGAAACUCAAAUCCUCCACUUGACGAAGAAAAAGGAGGAAUGGACGAUCUUCAAGAUAAAAUGAAAGAUGUUCAGGACAAUUACACAGUUUUCAGCUGGACAAGAUGGCUUGAUACUAAAGAUGCAAAAGAUUCACCAUUAGUAGAAGGGAAGGAAUAUUAUUUAUUGUGGGCUGUUGGGAAGAACGAAGGAGAAUUUAUUAAACACCAUGAUGACGCUGGAGCUAUCCAAAUUGUAUUAUCCAAUGAUUUCUCUACAACUGAAGAAGCACAUGCAAGCUUCAUUAAUAUUAAUUAA